GAGUUCUGCAUUAGCAACAGAGAUUUUACCAACUUCCAGUCAAGUUUGCUCUCACAAAACAGAAUCACUUCAGUUCUUUGGUGGUAAUAAUAACUAGUGAAACUGCCAUGUACCUUGUAUGAAGAAGAUAUUCAAUCAUUGUGUUUUUUUCUCCUGUAUCUCAAAGGUUUGUUUAUUGAAACUAACACUGUGAAUGAUUCUACGGAUACAAUCUGUAAUUUAACUGGAUCAACAGUGGUCCUGAAUUCCUCUUGUAAAGGGCCUAAAAGUUCUGCAAAGUAUUUAGGUUCAUGGACACAGAGAUCAUAUAAUGGAGAAACUUGAUUAAUUCCCAGAACGGAUUCACGAUACAAAUUUAUCAGAAAUGAUGCAGACCAGAUCUGUUUCUUAAAAAUAAUGGAUCUAAAAAAGACAGACACUGGCACAUAUUACUACAGCUUGACUCAGAAAACUGACAAAAAUAGUGUUUUUCGGAACAUUACUGUUUAUGUCACAGAUUUUCAGGUGUAUGUAGAACGUGACACAGUGACUGAAGGUCAGAACAUUUCACUCACCUGUAACACCAGCCGCGCUCUAAAACUGACUGCCAACAGUCACACCUUCAUCUGGUACAAGAACAAGAGACGUUUGAAUCUUCAACACUCCAGUAAUAAACUGAAUCUGAUCGCUGUCAGCAGUGAGGAUACAGGCAGAUACUCCUGUGCACUCAAAGACCUCGAAACAUUCCCUUCUGAAGAGAAACUCAUCAUUGUCAAACACGGCUAUGUGUGGAAUAAGAGAACUGUAAUCAUAACGCUGUCAUCUCUACUGAUUCUGCUAUUUAUUUGUGGAACUCUGUGGAUGAAAAGAAAAAAACUCAUAAGAACAGAAGAAAAAGAGCAUAACACACAGAAUGACAAUGUGUACUCAAACGUCGCAGCACUGGCCGAGACCUCUGACCUGGAGGAAAGAGAAAGGUCACAUCAGGAUGAAGUUCAGUACUCGCGUGUUCAUUUCAGCAAAUUUACAAAUGAUCAAUUUCCCUCAGUUUCUGCAGCAGACGUCCAGUACGCGGCCAUUAAUGUCAGAGAGCACAGUACUGCCACCUAGUAAAGAAAUGUCUCCCUUCACAUUUUAUUCAUUUAGUAAACACUUUUUAUCCAAACCAUAUUAUUGUGCAUUUACUGUAAGCUGUUGGUGUUGUAUCAUGCUCUCACUGAGUUAUAUAGGAACUCUAUGCUCUUGCAUAUUGAUAUGAUUUGUAUUUGUACAAACACAGUUUGCUAUCAAUUUCGUUUCACAAUAAUAUUCAUGCUGUAUUAUAAUGUAACACCGUAUCAUUGAUUUGUGCAAUCUCAAUGACAGUUGAACAGAUUCACUGCCAUAUAAAUUCAUUCUAAAUCUGAAUCAAUAGACUGCAACGAUGUGUCUGAGAUAUCUUGAUAUGAUUAAUAUUAUAAAAAAUAUUUUUUAAAUGUUGUCUAAUUAUCAGUUUAUUUAGAAGUUUCAUUCUGAAGUUUAUUUUGAUAUCUUAUUUGUUAUUGUUAUUUUAUAUUAGGCUUUAUUAGGCUCAUUUUAUAUUAUAUGUAAAAUCUUGUUUAUUCUAGUAAAGUCUAUUAUAUUCAACUUAAAGGUGCUUGUUGUGUAUUGGUGUGAUGUCUUUACGUCAUGCGUGUAUGAAAAACAGAGAGAAGUGAGCGGGAGAGUAAUACUUUGUGCCUCAGGUGAACACUGCAUUUGCAAGACAGACAUUUUAUCAAUUAACGCAAAAAAAACAGGACAAACCGUAUGACAAUUUGUCGCUUGUUUAAGGCAAGCAGCCAAAGACUGUGAUUUUGGUGCUGAUAAAGACAAUCAAAUCAGAGAUGCAGUUUUGAGUGAAUGCAACCCCGAUUACGUAUGCAGAAAAAUACUGGAGGGAGGUACAGGUUUGACCCUGGCUUGCGUUUUGGAAAUUGCAACGCAGUGUGAACGAGAUGACUGCAGAUGGCGGCAAUGCACCUCACUUCAGACACAAAGAUAAAAGAGACGGUGAGUCGGGUGACCAGAAAAGGGGGGAAAGGAGGAUCAACAUGGUGGCAACCUGAAGAUACAUUUCGGCUCCUGCAUCACUUGGCAGAUAUUAAAUUGAUAACAGCCCCUACUGUAAUUAAUAUCGACCAGCAAGGUUUUUCCACAUCUCUGGAACACAAUGACAUCACGCACAACCAAGAAAAAAAUCGGGAAUCAAGAUGAUUACUACUCUGCUAGCACAUCAAGCAAAGAUAAAAUAUCUAAUGCUAACGAGAACAAAAAUCAGGAAAGUCAAGUCAAGUCAUUUUUAUUUGUAUAGCGCUUUUCACAACACAAAUCGUUUAAAAUCA